CUAGCUCCCCCUCCCACUAUCUAGCACUGUACAUAAAGGUACGUCCACUCGAGCAAGAGUGUUUUCGUCAAUUAAUUUCACUUCAAGCACGACUGUGCUGCUAGUUUCACUUGAUUCAGAUCCGUUUAUAAUAAUUACAGUUUUAUGAUGACAUAUGCAGCUGCCAACACUCUGGAGAAAACGAUGAACAUAUGAUAUCGACAGCACUGCAUUCUGCUCUUGAGACAAACAACGAGGUUCAGGUGGUAUUGUUUUGUUAAUGCCAGAGAUAUAAUUGAAAAACAUAUCAUUGAAAAUGAUAUCAGUGGCAUUCCACGGAUCAGUGUUGUUAUGUAAUGGCUGUCUGUAAGCUGCCCAUGUGACGUAUCAUGCUGUGCUUCUGUCCUGUCUCGUUCAUGUGUGCGGGACAUUCUUUGGAUACAAAUAAUCAGCAAACGCAGUUCCACAGGUCACUCAAGUUAAUCACUACCUAGACGUUGUAAAGAACGGGUAACAGCAACACAGAGGCAGUGUCAUCAUUCCUCUGGAUAAUAUACUCAGAACUGUGUCACUAUGUCAAGAAGUUAUGAUGAAAUUACUUCAUUUUUGGGAGAAUGGGGACCCUUUCAAAGGGCGAUUUUCUUUUUACUCAGCGCCAGCAUCAUUCCUAACGGGUUUAAUGGUCUGUCUGUAGUUUUCCUCGCUGACACGCCAAGUCACUGGUGUCAUAUACCCACAAAUGCCAAUAUUAGUGAUCAAUGGAGAAACGUGAGCAUUCCUUUGGAGGAGGUGAAUGGGGAAUUGCAGUACAGUAAAUGCAGACGAUACAGCCUGGGCGUGAUCAGAAACCUGUCCGCUAUGAGCUACCUGCCAGGUGUGGAUGUAAACGUCACCGAGAUAAAACAGGAGCGUUGUCUCGAUGGGUGGGAAUACAGCCAGGAGACGUACAUAUCCACAAUAGUAACGCAGUGGGAUCUUGUGUGCAGCAAUGACUGGAAAAUACCUCUUACUUCUUCAGUCUUCUACUUGGGGGUGCUGUGUGGAUCCUUUAUCUCUGGACAGUUGUCAGACAGGUAUGGGAGGAAGGCAGUACUGUUUGGGACUAUGGCAGUUCAGACUUGCUUCAGCGUCAUCCAGGUCUUCGCUCCAAACUGGGGAGCAUUUUGUGUGCUGUUUUUCAUAGUGGGGAUGGGUCAGAUCUCCAACUACGUGGCAGCAUUUGUACUGGGAACUGAAAUCUUAGGCAAGUCCGCUCGCGUUCUCUAUUCCACACUGGGAGUGUGCCUUUUCUUUGCGAUCGGCUACAUGCUGCUGCCUUUGUUUGCGUUCUGCAUCAGAGACUGGAGGAUGCUGCAGCUGGCCUUAUCUGUCCCUGGGUUUCUUUACAUUCCUCUCUGGUGGUUCAUCCCAGAGUCUCCACGGUGGCUGCUCUCGCAGGGCAGAGUGGAGGAGGCUGAAGAAAUCCUGCAAGAGGCUGCCAGGAAAAAUGGGAUCGCUGCACCCACCAGAGUCUUUGAACCUGGAGAGGUAUCAGAUUGGGCAUCUAAAAGAAAGCAGUCCCAUAGCAUCCUGGAUCUGCUAAGGACCAAAAACAUCUGCACCAUGACGAUUAUGUUCUUUGCUGUGUGGAUGACAGUAAGUGUUGGAUACUUUGCCCUGUCUUUGAACACACCCAAUUUGCACGGGGACCCCUAUUUAAACUGUUUCUUCUCAGCUGCCACUGAAGUCCCGGCGUACGUUGUGGCCUGGUUACUCCUGCGAUGGUUUCCGAGGCGGUACAGCAUGUCUGCCACACUCUUCCUCGGUGGAGUGCUUCUUUUCUUCAUUCAUCUUGUUCCACCAAGUUUAACAGUGGUGUCUACUGCACUAGAGAUGGUUGGAAAAUUUGGCAUCACAGCUGCGUUUUCUAUAGUGUACGUCUACACUGCAGAGGUGUACCCGACUGUAGUGCGGAACAUGGCGGUGGGAACCUGUUCCAUGGGAUCCAGGCUGGGCAGCAUCAUCUCUCCAUACUUCAUCUACUUGGGUACAUAUGAUAAGUAUUUGCCUUACUUUCUGAUGGGGAGCCUCACAAUCUUGUCAGGUGUUCUCAUUCUCCUUAUACCUGAGAGCUUCAGAGUGCCGAUGCCAGAGACCAUCGACGAGAUGCAGAUCAUUAAAGGGCUAAAACCUAAAAUGUCAUCAUAUAACCUCCAAAGCCCUGCUGAGGCAGAAUAAAGCAAUGCUGCAGUUUUUAACCACUGUGUUGUCCAGUGGUUAAAGAAAAGGGCUUGUAACCUGGAGUUCCCCGGUUCAAAUCCCACCUCAGCCACUGACUCGCUGUGUGAUCCUGAGCAAGUCACUUAACCUCCUUGUGCUCCGUCUUUCGGGUGAGACGAAAUUGUAAAUGACUCUUCAGCUGAUGCAUAGUUCACACACCCUAGUCUCUGUAAGUCGCCUUGGAUAAAGGCGUCUGCUUAAUAAACAAAUAAUAAUAAAAAAAAAUAAUAAUUUAAAGAAAUAGAAGCUAUGCUCUAAGCAGCAGCAUCUUCAAAUAGACUUUUCUGAAUCCAGUGUGCAGAACUGACACCUACAUAAGAAUACUCGGUGUGCUAAUGUUGAAUCUAUAUGUCUUAUCCAUGACAGUCGGGGUGCCGGCAGCUUUGUAGACUCGGAUUGUUUGUAAACUGGACUGGCAAACAACAUUUCCCAGACUUCAUUACUGUAGAUAAAAAAAAAUCUAAAUCAGAAACAAUGUAUUUAUUUAUUGCAUUUAUAUAGCACUUUUUAUACAAACGUAUCACAAAGCACUGUGUAGUACAUAGCAGAAAAAAAGAACAAACUACAGUACAUUUGUAUAGCAUGUCACACAUACAACUGUCACAAUCAGAUCAUUUAAAUAACAGAUUUAAAUAACAGUAUACACAUAGUAAUACAAAAGCAGCACUUUUAAAGUUACAUUAAAACCCACUAAGAUAAGAAAGCCAUUUUAUAAAAGUGCUUUUAUAGUCUUGACUUAAACUGUAACGGUCCCAGAUUUCAAAUCCAUUUUAUACUGCACAGGGAACCAGUGUAAAGAGGCCGAAACAGUAGUUUGUUCACUUUUCCUGGGUUUAGUCACAAUUCACUUUUCCUGGGUUUAGUCACAAUUGUAGCGGCGGUAUUCUGAACAAGCUGCAAGCGGGAUACCACACGUUCUGGGACACCAGAAAAAAGUGCAUUAAAAUAAUCAAUUCUAGAUGAAGCAAAAGCAUGUAAUUGAAAACCUUAGCGUGACCCAAGUUACCUGUGGUGCCUUAGCUGUAAAGUAUAAUACAGAUUCACCUACUGUACUUGAUGGAACUAUUUCAUGGGAUGUCAGAAAAAUAUUAUAUGCAUUUUACUUGCAUGUAGAUGCAAGUAAUUACUGUACAUAAUGAAGCAUCCUAUAGAAUAAUAUAAGCAUUGACACUUAUUAGGAUUCAGAUACGAUGGAGUAACGAAGCAGCCUUAAUGACCCUUGGGUGAAGCUUAAAGCAGACAAAAGCAUCGGAUUCCAUUUGGAAGAACUUGGCAUUUCUACUAUUGCUAAUAAUGCGGGGGUGUUGUUGAUGGGAAUGGGUCAGGGGAUUCUGAACUUUAUAGUAGGAAGUUCUGUAAUUAUACUUACUCUACACAUAUGCCCAAGCUUGUUCUUUUUCACACCUGAAGGGGUAAGGAGAAUUACCUGUAACCAGAGCAUUUGUUGUUGACCAUACUCAAUAAAAAAAGAUUUCAAUUUUGGACAAG